AUGGCUCUGCUGUUGCCCUAGCCAUCACCUAUUCCGGAUCCUAUCCCUCGAGUGACUUGGCCAAUCAGUGCGUGUCAGCGACACAUGAAUGGUGAUAUCCACGGAAUGGCUCGCGGAACAAAGAAGCCGCCCGUCUCGAAUACCCGUAUCGGUCGAUAGAGAAAAUUCGCUGAUAAAACAGCACAGAAGAUUUUAGUUGGUAAGGCUUGGGUGAAAUCUUCGAAGCAAAAUAGAAAAAAGUCCAACGGUUGUUUUUUUUGCUCAAGGAGGGAACUUGGCGUCGUGAGAGCUUUGUCGAUCGGGAGGCGAGGCUUUUGGUUACAUUGGAACAUGAACGCAUCAUCACCAGUCUCCAAGGCUUUGUGGAGUAGAAUCAACUGACUGCUCCAAAUUAGUUGAGAAAUUCCUGACAAAAGGAAGUAGGCAGGGCCGCUGUAAGGUGAUUGACCUGUGACCUUUGGACUUGGUGAUUUGGUGGUUCGCUGCGGACGCCAGCUCUCAGAUGGAUUAACAGGAGCGAGGUUCCUCUGACAGUGGACUGAGUGUCUCUGUGAGAUCGUCUCUCAGCCUGGGACGACUGCCCUUCUGGCCACAGCGCCCAUGAGGUAACGGCGGGAAGCCCCAUACCACCCUCGCUCCGCCCUCUGCCCCCAUCCCCCUCUCCCUCCAUCCCCCUCUCUAGCGAUGGGUCAGAAGAUCUCAGGCAGCAUCAAGUCAGUGGACGCAAGGGGCGAGCCCUCAUACCGUCCGGUCCGCCGUGAGCUGCGGGGUCCAGACUUCUGCCGGCCUCCUCGUCUGGACCUGCUUCUGGACAUGCCCCCUGUGACCUCUGACCUGCAGAUCCACCACGCCUGGAACCCCGAAGACCGCUCGCUCAACGUCUUUGUCAAGGAGGACGACAAGCUGACCUUCCACCGCCACCCGGUGGCCCAGAGCACCGACUGCAUCCGCGGGCGGGUGGGCUACACACGGGGGCUCCAUGUCUGGCGGAUCCACUGGCCGGCGAGACAACGAGGAACACAUGCUGUCGUAGGGGUGGGCACCGCUAACGCUCUUCUACACUCUGUGGGAUACACAGCCCUGGUGGGUUCUGACUGUGAGUCAUGGGGCUGGGACUUGGGCCGGAACAGACUCUACCACGACAGUAAGAACCGGCCGGCCUCCACCUUGGCACCAACGUACCCAUGUUUCCUGGAGGCAGACGAGUCGUUUGUUCUGCCUGAUGCCCUGCUGGUGGUGCUGGACAUGGACGAGGGCACGCUCAGCUUCAUGGUGGACGGCCAGUACCUGGGCGUGGCCUUCAGAGGGUUAAAGGGCAAGAGGCUGUACCCCAUCGUCAGCGCCGUGUGGGGACACUGUGAGGUCUCCGUCCGCUACGUCAAUGGACUGGAUCCGGAGCCCCUCCCCCUGAUGGACCUGUGCAGGCGAGUGGCCAGGCUGGCUCUGGGGCGGGACCGAAUAAACCAGAUAGACACCCUCCCUCUGCCAGAGACCCUCAAGAACUACCUCCAGUACCAGUGACCCCACACACCCACCAGGACAAUGAAUGACUGCUUGACGGCAGCUACAUUUCACUACGGUCAACCCCAAACAAUUGAACCUUGAACCAUUGGACAUCUACUGAGGAUAAUGAUGAUGGUCAGGAGGAAGCCUAUGAAGGAGUUCCGAGUUUCCUUUUAGGAUUUGUGUCCGUUUUUAACAUGUUAUUUUUUUUAUUUGCUCACUGCUAUGAUGGAAUGAUGGACAGACAGAAAGGAGGGAGAUGGGUUUGAGACUGGACAGUAGCAGAAGUGUUGGGUCUAUAGUGUGGGAGCUUCUAGAACAUGGUCCUGGAGGAACAGGGCGUUUUGGGAUGAUGCAUAUAGCCAUCCAUACAUAGUUACUGUACAUCUAUACAGACUCUCUGGAAGCCUCUCUGAACAUGUAGAUAUUUAUAUUUAGACCCUAUAGCAGGCUCCACUGAGACUCACCAGCCCCCUAGCCACAUGGAUUUAGAGGAUGGAAAACACACAGGCAUGCGAACAUCCUUGAAUGCAUGCAUAUGCAAACACUCGCUCAUGCUCAGAGGGGCUGUUUUCAGAGUGUAUGUGAGUGGUGUGAGUUUUUAUGCAUGUGUGGGUUGGUGCGUGUCAGCCUUGCUCCGCAACAGGCACCCCAAGACAUCAGUCAGACCCACUCUAACCCCACUGAGUUUGGCGACACUACAGCCCUCAUCUCUCUUUAGUCUCCUGCUGCACUACACCUCCCUCUCAACUGGCAGUCUCUCUUUAUUUAUCAGUGGGUUUCAUUGGAUCCAGGCUUCCAUUAUGUCUCUGGGUGAGUGACUGCGGCUGCGUCCAAAAUGGCACCCUAUUCCCUACAUAGUGCACUACGUUUGAUCAGCCUGAUCAGAAGGAGUGCACUGCGUUUGAUCAGCCUGAUCAGAAGGAGUGCACUGCGUUUGAUCAGCCUGAUCAGAAGGAGUGCACUGCGUUUGAUCAGCCUGAUCAGAAGGAGUGCACUGCGUUUGAUCAGCCUGAUCAGAAGGAGUGCACUGCGUUUGAUCAGCCUGAUCAGAAGGAGUGCACUGCGUUUGAUCAGCCUGAUCAGAAGGAGUGCACUGCGUUUGAUCAGCCUGAUCAGAAGGAGUGCACUGCGUUUGAUCAGCCUGAUCAGGAGUGCACUGCGUUUGAUCAGCCUGAUCAGGAGGAGUGCACUGCGUUUGAUCAGCCUGAUCAGGAGGAGUGCACUGCGUUUGAUCAGCCUGAUCAGGAGGAGUGCACUGCGUUUGAUCAGCCUGAUCAGGAGGAGUGCACUAUGUAGGGAUAGGGUGCCAUUGUGGACAUACCCUGGGAUGUUGUCAGUCAGUGUGUGUUAAAGCUGAUUGAGGAUGAUUGGAGGGCCAAUCCGCUAUUACUGUUUAUGUGCCUGCGCAGAGAAAGCACACGACACCUCUGUCACAGGAGAUUGUUUUUAAAAAAUGUACAUGCUGCUUUUUUUUUUUCUCACUCCUUCCGUUCUUAUCCUGAUGGUGAUAUUCCUUUUUUAAAUAUGUUUUCUGUUUCUAUGACUGAGGCUUUUGUUUAUUUCUGAUUUGUUUUCUAUGGUAUUAAGAUCUAUUUGCCGAACAGGAAGUGACCCGUGUGAGACAGGAAGUCUCGCUGAGAGACUGAUCGAGGAAUGUGCUGCAAUGAGCAUCUUUUAAAUGUGAAUAAAAAGCUAAACCAAA